AUGGGCACCCAAGGCGUGUACGAACGCCCGGAACGGGCGUUCGUACAAGACUUGGGCGCCCAUCUUAGGGGCAAAAUCUACACCGAACAUAAUUUAGCGACGGCGGCCGCGACUCUCUACGACGCGGUGCACUACUGGCUGGUGGACCACCCAAUCAUCAGCCAAUACGAGUGGCAGCCCGGCGUAACACCCGGCGCAUCUCCGUUCUUCGUCUCCACCGCCGCCGUCACCUACCUCUCCCUCACCCUCCUCUUCCACCGCUACCCCAUCCUCCCCACCCUCCCUCCCGCCGCCCUCCGCCUCGCCGCCGCCGCCCACAACGUCAUACUCUGCCUCCUCUCCAUCGUCAUGGCCGCCGGAUGCACCCUGUCCGUCCUCCACCAGACGCCGCCGGACAACCUCACAUGGGGCGUCUGCUUCCCCGCCGGCGCCACCCGGGCCCGCGGCCCGACGUUCUUCUGGGCCCACGUGUUCUACUUCUCCAAGAUACUUGAGUUCGCCGACACGCUGCUGAUCCUCCUCGGCGGGAGCGGAUCCCGAUCGCGGCGGCUCUCGUUCCUCCACGUGUACCACCACGCGGCGGUGCUGGUGAUGUGCUACAUGUGGCUGGCGGAGGCGCAGACGCUGUUCCCGGUGGGGCUGGUGACGAACGCCUCCGUGCAUGUGCUGAUGUACGCAUAUUAUCUCCUGGCGGCUCUAGGGUUCCGGCCGCCGUGGAAGGAGAUGGUGACGAACGGCCAGAUCACACAGGUUCUAUCGGGUACUUGAUUUCGGGUUUGAUCCCUGUACCUCCACUUUACCGGGUCGGGUUGCUCCGGGUUGUGGUUUUGGGGUUUGAAUACCCUCUUUACGACGUCGCUUUUGGCACUCUUUAUUAAUUUCCAUCUUAACAACUAUUCAAACAAAAAGAUGUUAGGUGAUAAACGUUCCUGAUUUUAUUUGACAGAUAAUAAUA